UGGCUGGAUCCACUGAUGACGAGUUAAUGCGGAAGUGAAUUACCAGAAGAAGGAAGAUGGCAGCCCACAGGUGCAGCCGCCCGGCUUUGCUGCUCGUUCUCUGUAGUUUGUGGGUGUUUAUCAUCGCGGAAAGUCAAGAAACGACACCAACUAGUGCUCAUCAUGCCACUGGGGCCGAUAAUCCCCAAACCGUCACCGUAUCAACGGAGCAAAUGGCCGAGCAGCCCGCGGUGGAGGAGCGGCGGUGGGAACCAACUGAGGCUGUAGAGGCGACUCUGGACGAGGUGGUUACCGAAAAACAGGACACAUCUGCUCCCCUGGCCGAGGUUCACUCCCCGGUACCGAAGGCUAAAGAUGAGUUCCAGGAGGAACUGGUCAUCAGACCGCUUCACUCAGGAGAUAUUUAUGCCAGCUUCCAGUUCCGCACCCUGUGGGAGACAGACUUCACAACAGGAAACAAAGUGUCCCACUACCGGCUGUUCCCCAAGUCGCUGGGUCAGGUCAUCUCCAAGUUCUCCGUGCGAGAGCUGCACAUCUCCUUCACGCAGGGCUACUGGAGGACCAUGCAGUGGGGGCAGCCCUUCCUUCCGUCCCCGCCCGGGGCUGAACUGUGGGUCUGGUUCGAGGACUCGGUGACGGAUGUCGAUGGUACAUGGAAGGAGCUGACUAAUGUUUUGUCCGGGAUCUUCUGCGCAUCCCUUAACUUCAUUGACUCCACCAACACUGUUCAGCCCAGUGCGUCUUUCAAACCGCUCGGAAUAGGAAACGUGACAGACCAUCGCUUCCUCCGCUAUGCAACCCUCCCACGAGAGAUUGUUUGCACUGAGAAUUUGACACCCUGGAAGAAACUCUUGCCAUGUGGAUCCAAGGCUGGACUUGCUGUCCUGUUGAAGUCAGAGAAGCUCUUCCACAGCAGUUUUCAUUCCCAGGCAGUGCACAUCAGGCCUGUGUGUAAGGACUGGCAGUGCAAAACAAAGUCUUGGGAGCUGAGACAGACGCUGAAUGUGGUUUUUGACCUGCACACCCCUGGACAGGGCAAACAAGAGUGGUCUCUUUUUAAGAUGUUCUCUCGGACCCUGACGGAAGCUUGUCCAUUGGCCUCGUCCAGUAAAAUCUAUGUUGACAUCACAGACGACCCUCAGGGUGAACAGUUUGAGGUCAGCCCAGCCACUCACUUGCUGAGCCAGGCGAUGGUGCUGGGGGACAGGCGAACCUUCUCGCUCUACGACCUGACCCAGCAAAUCACCUUUGGCACCGUGCGCUCCCUCAACCUGCAUAUCCGCUGGAAAUCCAGUGAGGGAGACAUGCUGCGUCCCCUGCUCCACGCUGAGCGCUACGUCGCUGGUUACGGGCUUCAGACAGGAGAGAUACACACCCUGAUGUACAACAACCACCCCUACAGGGGCUUCCCUGUUCUGCUGAUGGACUCCGUGCCUUGGUACCUGCGUCUCUACAUCCACACCCUCACGGUCACCAGCAAGGGGAAGGACAACAAGCCCAGCUACAUCCACUACCAGCCCUCUAAGGACCGUGUGAGGCCCCAUCUACUGGAGAUGCUUGUCCAGCUUCCUCCCAACUCGGUCACUGAGGUCACAGUGCAGUUUGAGAGGGCUCUGCUCAAGUGGACUGAAUACACACCUGAUCCCAACCACGGCUUCUAUGUCGGGUCCUCCGUAAUCAGCUCUCUUGUACCGAGCAUUGUUGCCAUGGAUACAAACAGCACCCGCGAACAGCCUCUUUUCAGCAGCUUUUUUCCUUGUAAAGAGGAGUCCAGCUACUUUAUGCGUGUCUACACUGAGCCUCUGCUGGUUAACCUUCCAACUCCAGACUUCAGCAUGCCUUACAAUGUCAUCUGCCUGACCUGCACUGUGGUGGCUGUGGGGUACGGCUCGCUGUACAACCUGCUGACCCGCAGCUUCCAGAUUGAAGAGCCCAGCCCGGGAUUGGCCAAGCGGAUAGCCAACAUCAUCCGCAAGAUGAGGGGCGUGGCGCCACUCUGAAGAAUUAUUGCUAACUGGUUCUUCAAAUGGGAAGGAAGUUUUCCUUCUGGUAAAACCACUGGCCAACAUGUGAUAUUCAGGGAAGAACUGAGUCGAGCACUGCUAUGAAUGUUUUUUUAAAACUUUUAAAAAAGUUUUUGAACAUAAAUGUUUCCAGGAUCAUUUCCUGCUGACUAUGGACAAGAAAAAAAAAAAUUCCACUUGGAUGGAAAGCAAGAGCUUUGUUUCUGUUUUACAAUGAACCCAAACUGUGCAGUUUGCUGCAUCUGAGUGUUUUUGUUUGAUGUUUUUUUUUUAUAUUUUAUGUCUAAAGCCAUUACACUAUUUCAUCAUAAUUAAGCCACAAUGACUCGUGAGACCUUUUUUCUUCAUAUGAGUGCUAAAAUGAUGUAAUUAAUUGACUUGGACAAAAGUUGCAAAGCCUCCGAGCUCAGAUAGAAAAAAACUUGGUUUUCAUACUGUGUUCCUGAGCUGUUUAUGCCCCUGCUAGGAAAUAUAAAUGAAUACAAUAACUUACCUUAUAACAUUUACUUGAAUUGCAUGAUAGUUAUGACAGGAUAUAGUUUCCCUUUCCAACUGACAAUUAACUCAAUCCUUUUUUUCCAUUGUUCUAAGCAAUGAGAUGAUUUAUCUGGAACUUUUUGUUUUAUAGUUAAUGCAAAGCCUUCUUACCAAACAUAUAUUUUGCACUUAUUGGAUGCAUGCUUGAAUGUUGAAUAUGAUUGUCUGCAGAUCUCUUCACAGGUAACUGCCUAUGGUUGGUUGGACUGUUAAGUCAUCCACUCAUCUGUUCAAUGCAGUUUCAUAGCCAAUGGAUGUCUGUCCAUGUGGAAAAUAUUUAACUAUAUCAUUAAAUACUACCAUGCA